AUGAGCCAUGUUUAAUCUUACUCUGUCAUAAACAAGGAGUCAUAUUCAUUAGUCACGGACUCACGUGUCACAUAUUUCGAGAACAACGUAUCCGCACGUGCCAUUGCCACCGGCAGUUUCCUUUUUCACAUCGCACGAGGAAGUUUUGAACUCUUCAAAACAAAAACAAAAACUCUCUCAACCAUUUUCCCUCUGUCUAACUUCUUCUCUUAUAUUUCUCUCUCUCUAGUGGCAAAGUAUGGCAGAUUGGGGACCUGUAGUGGUGGCUGUGAUACUGUUCGUGCUUCUGACUCCGGGACUUCUCUUUCAGAUUCCGGCGAGAGGUCGAAUCGUGGAGUUCGGGAAUAUGCACACCAGCGGCGCCUCGAUUCUCGUCCACACCAUCAUUUUCUUCGCUCUCAUCACCAUCUUCACCAUCGCCAUCCGUCUCCACAUCUAUACCGGUUAAUUUUACCUACCGGAUUUGUAAUUUUUCGGUUGUCUUGUUGUCGUUGUGUUCUUCGUACCGGUUUUUUUUCCUAUGUCUUUGUUUAGAAAUUCUCUGUGUACUAUGGUGUAAACAUAUUUGAAUACUAUAUGUGAGUCUGAAUUUGCAUUAAGUUAAAUGUUUCUGUUUGAUUA